AUGCUGCUUAAUGAUAAAAUUAACGAGGCUAAAAUUAUACAGAAUGAAAUUAAUGCGUUUUUAGAUGAAACAGAUAAUAAGCAAAAGGUUUUAGAAAAGGUUUUAGAUGAUUUUGAAAAACUUUUUGAUGAAUCUAUUUGGGAAAAUAUGAAUCCAUUUGAUAAAGAGAGAGAAGAAACGUAUAAAAUAACUGAAUAUGUAAAUCAAAAUUUAGAUAUUAUGAGUCAAGACUUGUUUACAUUAAUUAAUGAAAUCAACACAAAUCAAUCAUCAUCAUCUACUAAAGUUGGGAAGAUACUCAACUCACAUUUAAUAUCACUACAGUGGAUUGAUUCAUCAGCUAAUCAACUUUCUUCACUUAUUCAAGAAGCACAAAGUUAUUUUGAGAAAACUGUAUAG